AUGAUAAGUUUGGACUUAUCUAGCACGGCUAUACGUGCAUUGUCAUCAUCAAUGCUAUCAUGCCCCAAACUUGAAAAUUUUGAUUUAAGUGAUGGCAAAUUCAUUGAAACGUUUAACCUUCAUUCAAGAUCUCUAAGAACACUUAAUCUUGAUGGUUGUUCAUCUCUCAAGGAAAUCUUGGUGGCAUCAGAGAAAAUGACAAGUUUGGACUUAUCUAGGACAGCUAUACAUGCAUUGUCAUCAUCGAUGCUAUCAUGCUCCAAACUUGAAAAUUUUGAUUUAAGUGAUUGCAAAUUCAUUGAAACGUUUAACCUUCAUUCAGGAUCUCUAAGAACACUUAAUCUCAAUGGUUGUUCAUCUCUCAAGGAAAUCUCGGUGGCAUCAGAGAAAAUGAUAAGUUUGGACUUAUCUGGCACAGCUAUACAUGCAUUGUCAUCAUCGAUGCUAUCAUGCCCCAAACUUGAAAUUUUUGAUUUAAGUGAUUGCAAAUUCAUUGAAAGGUUUAACCUGCAUUCAAGAUCUCUACGAACACUUAAUCUCAAUGGUUGUUCAUCUCUCAAGGAAAUCACGGUGGCAUCAGAGAAAAUGACAAGUUUGAACUUAUCUGGCACGGCUAUAUGUGCAUUGUCAUCAUCGAUGCUAUCAUGCCCCAAACUUGAAAUUUUUGAUGUAAGUGAUUGCAAAUUUAUUGAAAGCUUUAACCUUCCUUUAAGAUCUCUAAGAAUACUUUAUCUGGAUGGAUGUUCAUCUCUCAAGGAAAUCUCAGUAACGGCAGGGGAAAUGAUGGGAAUAUUUUUAUCUGGCUGCAAAUUGAUUGAAAGCCUUAACCUUCAUUCAAAAUCUCUCAAAGAACUUCAUCUCGGUGGUUUUUCAUUUGUGGAGGAAAUCUCAGUGGCAUCAGAGAAAAUAACAAAAUUGAAGUUUUCUAGUGCCACUAUACCUUCAUUGUCGUUAUCAAUUGGUCACCCAUUGUCCUUAGAAGUGUUAGACCUAUCUGGAAGUAAUAUUGAGAGCUUUCCUGCAAACAUCAAAAACCUUUCAAUGCUGAAAGAGCUUAGUUUAAGAGGCUGCAGGGAACUCGUGUCUCUGCCGGAGCUUCCACCAUCCUUGAGAAAGCUUUGUUUAAGAGACUGCAGGAAACUCAUGUCUUUGCCGGAGGAGCUUCCACCAUCCUUGAUAGUGCUUGAGCUAGAUUACUGCAAACUCAUGUCUUUGCCGGAGGAGCUUCCACCUAACCUGGAUAUAUAUACAUUGGAAUUCGGUGGAGUAUUCAAAACCGCAGGAAAGAUUCCGAUGUUACGCGGGUUUACAUUGAACAAGAGGAGGACUAGCUCAUAA